UCACCACUAUAUUAUAGCAAAACGUUUAAUUAAUGGAUAUGAUUAUAUUAGAAAUGUUAUUCCAACUCAUUUUGUAAAUAUUUCAUCACUUAAAAAUAUUAGAUUUGUUACACAGUAGUUUAUACAGUGUUUUGGAUACAUCUUGCUCUCUCGCUUUGUUGUCGUGUAAACAAUAAAAUUUAGAUAAACUCUUUUUUUUGAUGAUUCCUAAGUGAAAUAUAGUUUACUUAGUAACAAACUAUAAAACUUCUGUUUGUUAUUAUUGAAUUAUAGUGAAAUGAUCACCAGUUUACUAGAUAUCAAGAUCGUACGUUCUAGAACUUCUAGAUUAGGAAUGGCAGUGACUAGUGAUUUGGGGUAAAUCAGUGUUGUGAGAAUGGAACGAUUGUCUCAUGACUUGAAUCUGGCGCUCGAGGAGAGUAAUUGCGGCCGGCAAGAGAGAAGGAAGCUUGGUCUUAGGAGAAGGACUCGCUCCGCAGGGAACUUGCCGGCCGCUGUCACUGUGAGUCUGGUAGAAGAUGGUAGCUCCAGCAGCCCACCUCAGGCUCCACUCAUCACUCAACCACUAUCAGACUCGGAUGAUCCACACUUAAACCUGCAUAAGUCGACAAGCCUCAAAUCUAGACACUAUUGUCAGAUAGGCAAUUUUGAAUCGGAUUCAUUCAAUGAGAACUUUUCACCGACCCGACCAGCUAAUGCUCGACGGAAACGCAAAUAUAAAAAGAUGCCUGUAGAAUAUGCUGAUGGAAAGACAUCCCCACCAAUUGAAAUAUUAAGUGUCACAACUGAGACUAACACUUUGCCUGCAACAAUCAUGCUACAAACCCAUGGUUUAUCAUCAUUAGCACAUUUGAAUAAACAUAAACCAGAAUCAAGGAAUGCCUUUUGUGGGAAAAGAAAGUGGUCACAUAGAGACAAAGGCGAUGUGUGUGAGAUGAGAGAAAGAUCAUUCAGUGGGGGUUGUUCAUCUAAGUCAACAUUUUUCACAAAGAAUGAUUUUAAAUGUAAGAAAUAUGACAAUGAAAAGAAAAGAAAGGAGUCUGUGCUACAACCUGGGAAAAUUGUUCUCAAAUCUCAAAAUGUAGAAGGUAUGAAAACAUCCACAUUCACAAACACUCUUUCAUUGCCUGGUAGUUCCAGUUUUAACUUUGUUUACAAGAACAGCAAGAACGGAACACCAACUCUUACUAAAAUGACAGGAUACAAGAUUACCACAGAACUGCCACCAUUCUUUAACCCUUCCACUAGUACUGGGAAAUAUCAGAGGAAAUUCAAAAUGCUCAAUAAAUCUCAUCCACCUAACUUUUUAAGGAACCGAUUACAAUUUGAUGAUUCAAACAGCGGAAUGGAUUGUGCUGGUAAUGAAUCAAGCUCACUGAGCAGCAGUGACUCUGAUAGCGUUGUAACAAAUGACAGUGAUAGAGAAGGUGAUGACGAACUCACAGACUGGCCUGGCAUAGAGGAGCUGAAAGUGUUUAACAAAAGUCUCACUUUCAAAUCCUCAAAAUCUAUAAAUAAUAACUCUCCAACCUCGAUGAACAAUAUGCCGCCACCAAAGCGAUUAAAAAAGGAGAAGUUAUUAGUGAAAAGUGGUUGGGCUAGCUGUAAGAAUAGAUUCAAGAAAAAACGACCGAAAGUCGAUUCCGGAAACGAUGAUGACGCGAUGAUGUCGGACUCCAAAACUGUUGUUGAGUUUGAUGAUGAAGUUAUCGUACCUAAAGAAAACAGAGAUAUUCUUCAGCCACACUCGUCUUUUACUAGUUUUAGCGAUAUAAAAAAUGCAGGUGUGCUAGGUCAGAAUGCCAACGAAUCAUUUUUUCAAUCCUUUCAGGCUUUCCAAGAGAAGUCAAGCAAGCAGGAUGAAUUGUUUAGCCAGACGCCGCGUAGUAAUUUCUCUUUGCAGAAAACAUCCUCCAGUGACUUGAAUCAGAGUGAAAAAUCUCCUCAAAGCGAUCAUUAUUGUAGUGAACAUUCAAUGGGGAAUGGUGCGAUGGCAGAGGUUAGAGAGAUACGAGCAGGCUGUCGGCGAAUCCGCGAAGAGCGUCCAGGUUUUUUAAUACUGAGUGCAGCUAAUGAGCAGCUAUCUAAGUUUCUACAGGAUUCAUGUCAGACAGAGUUGAAGUUGCCGAGUUUCCAUGACCCGGAAGAGAGAGAAAAAUUGGAGUCAUUGGCUAAAUUGUAUUCUCUAGAAUUGCAAGUAGAGAUGGGUCGUCCAGUUCUAAGGAAGACAAGCAAUACAAUGCAAGCGAUCAGAGUAGAGCAUUCUUACCAGAACUUCCCUUCAGACCACAAAAGGCGGUGUUAUGGCGAUGAAGCCGACUCGAGCCUGAGUCUCAGUGAUCAGAACUCGGUGACUUCUAUCAAUGACCUUGACGAUACUCCAGAUCUGAUAUCGGACGUCCAGAAAGCGAUCGCGUCUGACACAGCUGCACAAGAAUUGGUUGAUACAUUCUCUCAUACUCUAGUUGAUAAAUCGUUAUUGCAUCCAGGUGAUGUGGAUUAAUUUAUAAUGUUAUACUUAGAUGUAAUCUAAGAUAUACAGAAACACUGAGUAGUCUGUGUGUGCACGUUUGUGUGUGAGAGAGAGGGCGAGAAAAUGUUCUUUUUGUGCUACACAAAA